AUGCCAAAAGAAAGAGGAAAAUCUGUAUACGACUGUGAUAUCUGUGGUAAAUCAUUCUCUGCAAAUAAUGCAUUGGCUAUUCAUAAACGCAUUCAUACAGGUGAGAAACCACAUCAUUGCGAUGUCUGUGGUAAAUCCUUCUCUCUGGUAAAUACCUUAAAUGUUCAUAAAAAUAUUCAUAUAGGAGAGAAACCAUACCAUUGCGGCAUAUGUGGUGAAUCAUUCUCUAGAAAUAAUACCUUAACUGCUCACAAACGCAUUCAUACAGGUGAGACACCAUAUCAUUGUGAUACCUGUGGGAAAUCAUUUCCUCACAGGAAUACCUUAACUGAACACAGACGUGUUCAUACAGGUGAGAAGCCAUACCACUGUAAUAUCUGUGGUAAAUCAUUCUCUCAAAAAUCUAUUUUAGCUAUUCACAUGCAUAUCCAUACAGGUGAGAAGCCAUAUCACUGUGAUGUCUGUGGAAAAUCUUUCUCUCAAAAGCCCCAUCUAAGUGCUCACAAACGCAUUCAUACAGGUGAGAAACCAUAUCAUUGUGAUAUCUGUGGUAAAUCAUUUACUCACAAAAAUACCUUAUCUAAUCACAAACCUACUCAUACAGGUGAGAGAAAAUACACUUGUGAUAUUUGUGGUAAAUCAUUCUCUCGUAAUGAUCUCUUAAUUGCACACAAACGUAUUCAUACAGGAGAGAGACCAUAUCACUGUGAUAUCUGUGGUAAAUCAUUUAGUCGUAGUCACCAUUUAACCGCUCACAAACAUAUUCAUACAGGAGAGAGACCAUAUCACUGUGAUAUCUGUGGUAAAUCAUUCAGUCGUAGUCACCACUUAACCGCUCACAAACAUAUUCAUACAGGAGAGCAACCAUAUCACUGUGAUAUCUGUGGUAAAUCAUUCUCUCACAGAAGUACCAUAGCUGUACACAAACAUGUUCAUUCAGGAUUGAAACUAUAUCACUGUGAUAUCUGUGGUAAAUCAUUCUCUGAAAGUAGUAAAGUUAAUCUUCACAAACGUAUUCAUACAGGAGAGAAACCAUAUCAUUGUGAUACCUGUGGUAAAUCUUUCUCUUACAAAACUAAUUUAACUAUUCACAGACGCACUCAUACAGGUGAGAAAUUAUAUCACUGUGAUACCUGUGGUAAAUCAUUCUCUCAUAAAAAUACUCUAACUCUACACAAACAGACUCAUACAGGAUUGAAACUAUAUCGCUGUGAUGUCUGUGGUAAAUCAUUCUCUCAGAGUGGUAAAGUUACUCUUCACAAACGCAUUCAUACAGGAGAGAAACCGUAUCACUGUGAUAUAUGCAGUAAAUCAUUCUCUCGCAAAAGUUAUUUAUACACCCAUAAACGUAUUCAUACAGGUGAGAAACCUUAUCAGUGUGACAACUGUGAUAAAUCUUUCUCUUGCAAAUCUAAUUUAACUCAUCACAAACUUACCCAUACAGGAGAGAAACCACACCACUGUGAUAUCUGUGGUAAAUCAUUUGCUCACAGAAGUUCUAUAACUGUACACAAACGUGCCCAUACAGGAGAGAAACCAUAUCACUGUGAUAUCUGUGGUAAAUCAUUCUCUCAAGGGUCUGAAUUAGCUAUUCACAAACUUGUUCAUACAGGAGAGAAACCUUUUCAGUGUGAUAUCUGUGAUAAAUCAUUCUCCGUGAGAGUUAACUUAGCUAAACACCAACAUAUUCACACAGGAGAGAAACCAUAUCAUUGCGAUACUUGUGAGAAAUCAUUUUCCCAAAAGGAACAUUUAAGUAAACACAAACUUACUCAUACAGGAGCGAAGCCACAUCAUUGUGAUAUUUGUGGUAAAUCAGUCUCUCAAAAGAGUAAUUUGACUCAGCACAAACGUAUUCAUACAGGAGAAAAACCAUAUCACUGUGAUAUCUGUAGUAAAUCAUUCUCUCGAAGUGGUGACUUAUCCACUCACAGAUUUGUCCAUACAGGUGAGAAACCUUACCACUGUGAUAUCUGUGGUAAAUCAUUCUCUUUAAAUAGUACCUUGACUAACCACAAACGCAUUCAUUCAGGAGAGAAACCAUAUCACUGUGAUAUCUGUGGUAAAUCUUUCUCUCAAAAUAAUCACAUAACUAUUCACAGACGCAUUCAUACAGGAGAGAAGCCA